UUCAAAGCACAAAGUGAAGAGACGAGGCAGUGAAGGUGUCUCUGAAAGGGAAAAUAAUAAUGAACUGAAGUGAAAGGGAACAGGGUGGAGGAGGCGAGUCAACAAAUCAAAGAUGAAUACAAAGGCUUGGAGGAGAAAGCUGGGAUACAUUUGAGACGAGGAGUUUCAAGAGGGAGCUUGGAUCUAUCAUUCCAUCACUCGUGUUCCAUCAUGGUGGACUUUUUCCUCAACCGAGUUCUGGUGGAGAACAACUGGGACCAGGAUGAGCUUAACACCGAGCGAGAAAUUGUCGGAAUUCUGGAAAACCGCAUCCUCCUGCUGCUCUUUGCAUCCGCAAAGUGCGACAGGUGCAAGGAGUUUGUGCCUGUUCUCAAUGACUUUUUUAAGCGACUGAAAGAUCCAGCUUACAUUGAAUAUCCCAGACUGCUGGCGCUCAUUUACAUCAGCUUGGACCAAUCAGAGGAACAGCAGGGAAGAUUUCUCAAAGAGAUGCACAAAAAGGUUCUGUUUUUGGCCUUUGAGGACCCAUACAGGAAGGAACUUCAGGCCAAGUUCAAGGUGAAAGAUGUCCCCACCGUGGUGGUCCUUCGCCCAGAUGGCUCUGUCCUGUCUCCGAAUGCUGUGCAGGACAUUUAUCGAUUGGGUUCCGAGUGUUUCCUCAACUGGCAGGAAUCGUCAGAGCUGAUUGAAAGAAGCUUCAUGCUAAACGAGGAGUUCGACAACCUGAAUAUGCGAAGCGCCACAGACCCUGUGAGGAGGCUCAAAUACAAGACAGAGGACGACAAGAGGAAAAAAAGAUGGUGGCGGUUGUGGGGUCGAGGGAGAGCUGACAAUGAAGAAAGUGGAAGCGUGGGAUACAAAGAGAGAGGAGGACUGUAAAUUAACACAAAAGGAAGGACCAAAAAGGAGUACAAAUUAUUUCUUGAAAAGGCAAAGCUUCUCCGGCUUUGUUGUUUUCAUUCCUAAA